AAUGCAUGCAGCUCAGUAUAGAGACAUCCUGGCUGGGCAGCUACUGAGCACAGGCUUAGCUUCUAGGAGAGUAGAGAGGUGUGAGGGGGACAAGAAUUUAUCAUUUCUUUUGCCACUUAGUGACAUUUACAACAGACUAAUAAGGGGCACGGCUUCUUCCAUACCUGUGACCAAGAGACCUCUUGAACAGCUAUGAAGAGCUCUGUGGUCUGAGUCAACGGACAAAGCCACUGUGGUCCUGGGAGACGCAGUAUUGACUUCAAGCAGGAUCAUCUCAGAAGCUCGACCUGUAAGGAUUGAACUGAAGUCAAAGCACAAACAAGGGAGUAGAAAUUUUAAAAGAGAACCUGUAGUCUGUUUGUGCUGACCAUAGGCAGCUGAGAAAAGCAUCAUGACAAGCCAUCAGGCAGUAAAAUCCUUCAAGAAAUCUUCUGUCCCAGGAGUUGUCAUCACCCAGUUUGUGGAUGAUAUUCCAGAAGGAUGCAGUACACCUGACUUUGAGCGGAAACCUGUCACUCUGACAUUGCAGGAAGGUAAAAAUGCCAUUUUCAGAGCUGUGGUCAAAGGUGUCCCAACCCCUGAUGUGAAAUGGACACGUUUACAAGGAGGAAUGGAUGAUCCUGCCAAAUACGAAACAUUCUUCAAUAACGUUACAAAUGAAUUCAUUCUGCAGAUAAACAGACUCACUACAGAUGACAGUGAUCUGUAUCGUUGCUUUGCUGUGAAUGAAUAUGGGGAAGCUGCAUGCUCUGCUGGCCUCAGGAUCAUACAAGUUGGCUUUAAAAGGAAAGCGAAAUAUAUUCCUGUUCAUCCUGCUGAUGAGUUAAAGAAGCAGCUUCAGGACUUCAGGAAGCUGCUGAGGAAGCGGGCCCCAGCACCAAGACCAAAACUCUUGGACAAAGAAGCAGUCUGGCAACUGUUGCUGCAUGCAGAUAGGAGAGAUUAUGAGAAAAUCUGUAUGAAAUAUGGAAUUGUUGACUUCCGUGGGAUGCUGAGAAAGCUGCAGGAGAUGAGGAAGGACACAGAGAGUGAACAAGGAGAGUUAAUACACAGUGUCAAAAACUUUCAACACAUCAAAGUCAACAAGGAGGGAAAAGCUACGUUCAGUCUGGAGUUGGACCUGAAAAACAGUAACAGCAAAGUUUAUCUGCUUAAGGAUGGUAAGAGGCUCAGGUAUGGAAUGGAGAGUGAAUACAGAAAGCACUGCCUGAGGCGAAUUGGAAAAAGGUACAAUUUCAUUGUCAACGACGUGCAGCCGGAAGAUGCAGGCUUGUAUCAAGUCAAAGUGAAGGAUGUACCUGUUUUCUCAACUGAACUGGACGCUGAAUCCAUCCCUGUGAGAUUUGAGCAGCUACUCAGUGAUGUGCGUUGUCCCGAGGAAGAAGAUGCUGUCUUUGAGUGUAUCCUACGCACGCCCUGCUACGAUGCUGUGUGGCUACACAAAACCCACCUCCUCGAGGAAAGUGAGAAGCACCAGAUCUCCGUAACACCUGAUGGUCUGACCCACCAGCUGAUUAUCAAAAACAUUGUGCCCUCUGACAACGGCAUGUACACACUCGACACUGGACUCUGCUCCUCAAAUGCUUGGCUUAUUGUAGAGUAUGCCAAAGGAAAGAGGAGACAGGGUGAAGGAGGUGAAAGAGAGAAAUCUGAGUGGCUGAAAGAAACAUUGCCAGAUGAAGACAGGGCUAAGAAACUUCGACGCAGAGAAUAUGUUGGUGAUGAAGAUCAUCUUAUGGACACUGGUGUGGAAGAAGAUGGCUGGUACAGAAAUGGUCAAGGUGGCAGUGAGGGCCACUCCACUGAUGUUGAUGGAAGCCAUAGAUUUUUAGGAAAACACAGGCUACGUGGAGCCCACAGAAACGGAAGGACAGGGUUUGGGCAGUUUUCUGGAGCAGACCUAGAUGGAGACUCAAUGACAUAUGAUGGUAUUAGCUUUGGAUUAAAAGGCUUAGGAGGCAAAAGUGGAUUAAGGCCUUUCCAUGGCAAGGAUUCUAUGACAGGGAGAGCAGAUACUGGUGAUGAAUUAGGAGGAGAAGGUGAAUGGUAUUCUGUGGAUGGCAGAGAUGAUGGUAUGCUGGAUGCUGUUAAAAUUGACAUGGAUGAUGGAGAAGGUGUGGGCUCUCAGCUUGACAAGGAUGGUAAAUUAGGUGAUACUAGUUACAGAGAUGGCUUUGGGGGUGUUGGGAGAUUAGGUGCUAGUGAUGGAAGUUCUGUGUUAGAUGGACUCAAUCCUGAUUCAACUGGAGUGGGAGGUGGUAAGGGUGAUCUGCUCAGUAGGACUAGUCCAGGGACUGGAGCUAGAAAGAAUGCUGCAGGUACAGAGAUUGCAGGAGGAAUGAGGUCCCCCUAUGGCAAGGAUGGUCUGCCGACCGUAGUUGAUAUGAAUGGAGCAAGUAUAAACAGAGAGGGACAAAAAGGGACUCCCUAUGGCAAGGAUGGCCUGACAAUUCAUGCUAGUGGUCAUUUAGGUCAGGCAGGAAGGUCUGGCUUGCAGUGUGGCCCAGGUGGUCUUCCAGCUGGAGAUGGGGCUAUAUCUGGUGCAGGUGACAGUUCUAUAGGGGAAAUGGAGGCUUUGUAUGAUCCAGAUGGUCAGCCACUUGGAGCAGGUGUUGGUGAUGCUGGUGUAGCUGGUGCAGGGGGAUUUGUGUCUCGCUAUGGAAAGGAUGGUCUUCCAGCUGGAGCAGGCAUUGGUAGUGCUGGUGCAGGGGGAGUUGGGUCUCCCCAUGGAAAGGACGGUCUCACAGCUGGGGCUGGUCUUGGUGGUGCUGGUGUAGCUGGUGCAGGGGGAGUUUGGUCUCCCUAUGGAAAGGAUGGUCUCACACCUGAAGCAGGGUUUGGUGGGGCUGCAGUUGGUGGUUUUGGCGGUGUUGGAUCUCCCUAUGGAAAGGAUGGUCUCACAGCUGCAGCAGGUGUUGCAGGUUUAGGGGGAGUUGGGUCUCUGUUUGAAAAGGAUGGUCUCCCAGCUGGGGCUGGCAUCAGUGGUGCUGGUGUAGCUGGUGCAGAGGGAGUUGGGUCUCCCUAUGGAAAGGAUGGUCUCACAGCUGGAGCAGGCGUUGGUGUAGCUGGUGCAGGGGGAGUUGGGUCUCUGUAUGAAAAGGAUGGUCUCCCUGCUGGAGCAGGGGUUGGUGGGGCUGCAGUUGGUGGGUUUGGAGGUGUUGGAUCUCCCUAUGGAAAGGAUGAUCUUCCAGCUGGAGCAGGCUUUGGUGGUGCUGGUGCAGUUGGUUCAGGGGGAGUUGGGUCUCCCUAUGGAAAGGAUGGUUUUCCAGCUGGAGCAGGAGUUGAUGGUGCUGGUGCAGGGGGAGUUGCAUCUCCCUAUGGAAAGGAUGGCCUCCCUGCUGGAGCAGGAGUUGGUGGUGCUGGUGCAGGGGGAGUUGGGUCUCCCUAUGGAAAGGAUGGCCUCCCUGCUGGAGCAGGCAUGGGUGGUGCUGGUGUAGCUGGUGCAGGGGGAGUUUGGUUUCCCUAUGGAAUGGAUGGUCUCCCAGCUGGAGUAGGUGUUGGUGAUGCUGGUGUAACUGGUGCAGGGGGAGUUUGGUCUCCCUAUGGGAAGGGAUGCCUCCCUGCUGGAGCAGGAGUUGGUGGUGCUGGUGCAGGGGGAGUUGGGUCUCCAUAUGGAGAGGAUGGUCUUCCAGCUGGGGCUGGCAUUGGUGGUGCUGCUGCAGGGGGAGCUGGUUCUCCCUGUGAAAAGAGUGGUCUUCCAGCUGGGGCUGGUGCUGGUGUAGCUGGUGCAGGGGGAACUGCAUAUGCCUAUGGAAAGGAUGGUCUCCCAGCUGGAAUAGGUGUUGGUGGCGCUCAUGUAGCUGGUGCAGGGGGAGUUGGGUUUCCAUAUGGAAAGGAUGGUCUCCCUGCUCGGUCUGGUCUUGGUGGUGCUGGUGUGGCUGGUGCAGAGGGAGUUGGAUCUCCCUAUGGAAAGGAUGAUCUCACAGCUGGUGCUGGCAUUGGUGGUGCUGGUGUAGCUGGUGCAGGGGGAGUUGGGUCUCUGCAUGGAAAGAAUAGUCUCCCAGCUGGGGCUGGUGUAGCUGGUGCAGGUGGAUUCAGCUCUCUGUAUGGAAAGGAUGGUCUUCCAGCUGGGGCUGGUGUUGGUGGUUCUGGUGUAGAUGGUGCAGAGGGAAUUGGUUCUCACCAUGGAAAAGAUGGUCUUCCAGUGGGAAUGGGAACUGGGGCUGGUACUGGUGUAGCUGGUUUUGGUGGUUUUGGGUCUCCAUAUGGAAAGGAUGGUCUUCCAGCUGGGGCUGGUGCUGGUGUAGCUGGUGCAAGGGGCAUUGUUUCUUUCUAUGGAAAGGAUGGUCUCCCAACUGGGGCUGUGACAGGAGCUGCUCAUUUUCCUUUUGGAGGUGAAGAAGUAAUGGGAUCUCACCAUGGCAGGGAUGCUAUGCUGAGCAGAGCUCAAGCAUAUAUGGGUGGAGCAGGAGGAGAUGGCUUUUCCUCAGAAGGUGGUGGUGUCAGUGGCUCUGCGAUACUGAGUGCUGGAUCUCCCUAUGGCAAGGACAGUGGGUCAGCUGGAGCUAAGGCUGGUGAGGGUGGUGUUGGCAGGUUGGGAAGUGAUCAAAGGGAGUUACAUUUGGUCCGUGGUAAAGAAGGUGUGGUAGGUGCUGUUGGACGAGGUGGUGAGUAUGAGCUGGAUUCACAUCCUGGCAAAUCUUCUAUGGGAGAUGAAACUGGAAAGGGCACUGCCAGUGAUUUCAGAGGGUCAGGGAACAGAGGUUCAUCUCAUGACAGAGACUCACUUUCAGGUCAAGGAGAUGCCAGGGGUGAGGGCAGAGAUUUAGGACAGUUAGGCUCCCUUUAUGGCAAAAAUUCUGCCUUUGGAGGGUCAGGGAGUAAAUCCCGUAACAGAUCUGUUGAUGGGAGGAAUUCAGGUGGUUUUGGCCAAGGUUCAUUGGAUUAUGGUCAGAUGUCAGAUCUUUAUGGUGGACCUCCUUCAAUAAACCAGAGAAAACAGGAACCCGGCGUUGAUAUUAAAGCAAAUGAUUUCUUGAAGAAUACAGAAAGUAUGGGAAAAAGAAGGUGUUAUUGCCUGGAUGAUCUGAAAGCACCACGCUGUCAUCUCAACAAACAUUUACUUGAUGUCAGAGUCCUGAAAGGGGAACCAGCUGAGCUGUCUUGCACUGUCAGUAAAGAUGAAGUGACAGGAACCUGGUUUAAAGAUGGAUUAAAGUUAACAAGCAUGGAUGGAAUCUUUUUUGAAAAGGAAGGUCUAGUCCACAAACUAAUUAUUAACAAAGUGGAAGAUAUUCAUGCUGGGAAAUACAGGUUUGAAGGUGGAGAUAUAAAAACUGAAGCUUCAGUUUUUGUUGAAGAUCCUCCACAGGUUGACAAAGUUCUCCUCAAAAACUUAAGUGUUCCUACUGUGGCCAAGGCAGGGCAGAAAGUAAAAAUCAAGAUCCCUUUUGAGGGCCGGCUGCCAGUCAGAGCAACGUGGCUAAAGGACAGAAUGGAGCUAGCAGAUGACACAAGGAUUCGUGUUGAUAAAACAGAGACCUUUAUCAUGCUGUCCAUCUCCAGCAGUGAGAGAAAGGACUGUGGGGAUUACAAAGUCAGGCUGAAGAACGACAGUGGGGUCCUGGAGAUCAACUUCAAGCUUGUGGUAACAGACAAGCCACAGCCACCUGCAGGACCCAUCAAAAUUGUAGAAAGCACUGCAAAUGACAUCACCAUUGAGUGGAAGCCCCCAAAAGAUGAUGGGGGCAAACCACUGCAAAGCUACAUUGUCGAGAGACAGCAGGUAGGCGAGAAUGACUGGGUGACUUUGGGAGAAACCCCCAGGAGCUGUACUACCUUCACUACUAACAAAGUAGAACAAGACAUGAGCUACUACUUCAGGGUGAGAGCUGUGAAUGCUGAGGGAACUAGCGACGCGCUGGAAUCAGAUGAAGUGAAGGCUGUCAGUAAAGCUUCACCUGGUGCCCCAGAUCCCCCCAAGAUUGUCAGUGCCAGCAGAGACACCAUAACAAUAUCCUGGAAAGCACCUUGUAAAACUGGCAGUUCCCAAAUUGUGGGAUACAUUGUUCAAAAACGCAAGAAGGGUACCGUGACCUGGCUGCCAGUCAACAGUGUGCCUAUAGCAGACAAGAAGCUGAAAAUGACCAAUCUCAAGAAAGGUCUGCAGUAUGAAUUUCGUGUGGCAGCUGUCAAUGCUGCUGGCAUAGGAGAUGCCAGUGAACCGUCACAGCCUGUCUUUGCCCGGGAUUCCAUGGAAUCUCCAGGUCAAGUGCAGGACCUUAAAGUGAGCAGCAGUGACAGCACUAGUGUCACCUUGACAUGGAAGAGACCUGAAGCAAAAGAUGGGAGUGAUGUGAAAGGCUAUGACGUGGAGAUGCGGUCUUCUAACAACCUCAACUGGACCAAAUGCAAUACUCUUCCCAUAGAGGUGACCACUUACACAGUUAAAGGCCUCCAAGCCAAGGAGAUGUACUUCCUACGUGUGAGAGCCCUCAACGACAGUGGCCCAGGAGAAGCUGCAGAGCUUGAAGCUUGCAUUGAAGCUGCUCCCCCUGUAGUUUCUCCCAGGUUACUAAUAGAUGACACAGUGAAAAGCUUACUGGUUAUAAAAGCAGGAAAUACCAUCCGAGUGAAUAUUCCCUUUGAAGCAUCUCCAGAUCCAGUGGUGACCUGGUUAAAGGAUGGGCUUCCUCUUCCAAACCAGACUACAAUAAACACCAAAGAUGGUACCACCCAGCUGCUGAUUGGAGCAGCUGAGCUCACUGACAGCGGCACCUACACUGUUGAGCUCCAGAACGGGUUAGGGAAAAGAGAAACAUUCAGCUUCCAAGUUCAAGUUACAGAUAUCCCACAAUCGCCUGGACCUAUUCAAUUGGAAGAGAAUGUGCCAAAUACAGUGACAGUAACCUGGGAGCCAUCAGCAUCUGAGAAAUGGGAAAAUAAUCUCUACUACACAGUCCUGAAACGUGAAUCACAGAAGGGCUUGUGGCACGUGGUGGGUGACCUGAUCUACACCAACAAGUUCACAUUCACCAAACUGAUCCCAGGCCGGGACUACUACUUUAGGGUUGUGGCAAAAAAUAACUUGGGAGCCAGUGGUCCAUCUGAAAGCGUGCAGCCUUGGAGAAUUCGAAAACCAAAGGCUGAAUUUCAAGUCAAACCACAGAAAUACAGGAGAGUUAAUCAAAACCAGCCCCCAAGAUUCCUCGUCCCAUUGAAGCCUCAUGUGGUGACUACUGGGAGUGAGUGCCGUAUGAGCUGUGCGGUUGGAGGCCAUCCACCUCCAAAGAUCACGUGGUACAAGGACAAUAGCGACGUCUCCAAUGAUCGUACCUAUUUUUGCACAAACGACUUUGGUGUCUGCUCCCUGGUCGUCCUAGGUGUCACAAAACAUGAUGAAGGAGAAUAUAUGGUAGAAGCCACCAAUGAAUUGGGCCGUGCAUCGAGCAAAGCCUUCCUCACUAUUAAAGACUCCACCCUGUAGCAUGACCUUCCUGAGAACAUCUCUGCACUACUAUGCAAAUGAGAAGGUUUUCACUGAGAACUGGCUCUAUACGAAGGCUAUGUAUUUAUUUUCAGAUGUGCAUUAUGGUCUGAGUGUUUUAUUUUUCAGAUCCAGUAGUUGCAUUUUGAACAUGAUGCUGCAUUGUAGUCAAAAUGGGGAAAAAAGCUUUAAGAGAAUUGUAUCUUUUUGUAAUGAACAUGGCUUUCCACUAGACCUUUGAUACACAGAUGAGAAGCUUCAGGAACACAGAAGAUGAGAGGAAAAAUAAUUGGCCAAAAUGAAACUUUCCAUGGAGAACACAGGCGUGAGAGAUCAUUCUGCCACACCACUCACCUGCUGUCAGGCUACAACAAGAAUAUUUCUUCACACCAAAGAUCUAUGAAGCUGGCCUUUUAGCGUGUGGUUUUCUAAUCCAAAGCAAUCAUUUUAGAUUCCAUGUAAUUCUCAGCAGGUUUCCUAAUUCUGGUAGAAGCAGUUCUGCAUGUAUUCCACUACCAGUAGCAGCUAAGUAUAUUAUUUCCCUUAACCUCUAAGUUGAAAAGAGUAUCCGCCUGCUAGUUUUAUCUGGGCAAGAGAUAAAUUCUCAGACUAGGCUAACAUGGGGUAGUGCUACUCAGUGAAAAUGCAUUGAUGGGAAUGAAUGGAAACCUAGAACCAGUUGUAUUAGUGUGAGCAGAUCAAUGCUGUACUUAAAAGACCUACUGUAGCAAGUGCUGUAAAGAAGGAUGUAUCAGUCCUAAAUUACCACAUCAGUAUCACCUUUGAAACAUAACUGCCCUCAUGACAUUGCUAGAAUGUUUUUGCCUAAUGCAAAAAGAGGUUAAAAAUCUUCCGUGUUUGCCCAGAAAUAUGAGGUACCACCAGAGACCCUCUGCCAUGGCUGGGGGAUUCCAUCACUGAGCGGAGAAGGAGACUGGAAAGCAAAAAUGUUAUGAUGACUGUACGAACGUAUAGCAUUGUAGCCUUACCACCAAAGGUACUUUGAUGACGGCAUCUGGAAGACAGGAGAGUCUAGAUCAAAGACUCAAAGCCACUGGAUCCUCAGACAGCCAGUCAGACAUUUAUGUGGGACUGAAAUGUUCUUUUUGAUUAUACUUUGUACAAUGUUGUACAGACAUAGCAACAGUAGAUUAUGAAAUUAAACCAUAAUUCAGUAAAAUC